AUGGUCCGAGUGACCAAAGUGGGAACGGCCGAGCUGAAGACGGUGGUCAAUGGAAAAGAGGUUAUCGUGGACCUCACCGAGGUCUACUACGCUGAAAACCUUGCUGACAACAUCAUCAGCUAUGGUUUAUUGGAGGAACGUGGUGUGUUCCUCAUGCGAGAAGGGCGGCCAAAGUUAUGUGGUGCGCCAAGAGGACAACAGGAAGAUAUUCGAAGUCUUCCGCCGCAACAAUGUCCUGACUAUUGA